AUGUCUGUGUCUAAUUGCGCAGAUCACAAGAGGAGACGACUGGCGAUAGUGCAGUGGCCGUAUGUGGUGUACGAACUCACAGAAGCGGAAAUCACAGAAGACAUACUCGCCAUCAAACGGGCUCUCAAAGCAUCGACCGGAAGCAAGAAAAAACAAACAAAGGACAGGGUGGCGGGGGUGGAUGUGUCUGUGGAAAGAGGAGAGCUCACGUACAGUGGCACUACAUAUCCGAAGGGUGCGGUGGUCAGAGUCUCGAUAAAGGACGUUUCAUACAAUGCCGUGCUGACGGAUAUAAAUCAAACCGAGAUCCAUGUCAACAGGACAGAAACCAAUGGGAAGAGAGCGAAAAUCAAUAUUACACAGCUGAGGCAAGGGAAGACCCGCCUGGAAAUGGUAGCGUAGUUAGGUCACUCGGG